CCGUUGCCACCGUAAAAUGUGUCCGACAGAAAAAAGAGAAGAAUGGAAUCGUGAAGUUGGAGUGAGUUCAGAACCGCUGCAGCUCGUUAUCUCUUAAACUCGUGUUUACAUCAUUCAUCCCAACUUUAAAUGCAGUUUGUUAAAUCAACGUUAGCUCGUCAAAAUGAACGUCAGAGUGGUGUCGUGGAUACCUGCUGUGCUUUUACUGACAGUGGCAGCAGCAGAGGAGAAGAUGCUGCACAUACCAGGAGGGAAGAUGUUGAUGGGCACCAGUGCAGCUGAUGGGAGGGAUGGAGAGUCCCCCACCAGGGAGGUGGAGCUGAGACCUUUUGAAAUGGACAAAUAUCCUGUGACAAGUGCUGAUUUCAGAGACUUUGUCAGGGCGCAGAAGUACAAGACGGAAGCGGAGACGUUUGGCUGGAGCUUUGUGUUUCAGGACUUUGUGUCGGAGGAGCUGAAGAGCAAAGUCACACAGAAGAUCGAGUCGGCUCCUUGGUGGUUGCCCAUAGAGCGGGUGUUUUGGAGACAGCCUGCAGGACCAGGUUCAGGCAUCAAGGAGCGCCUGGACUCCCCGGUGGUUCAGGUGAGCUGGAAUGAUGCUCAGGCCUUCUGCCGGUGGAAGAACAAGAGACUGCCCACUGAGGAGGAGUGGGAGUGGGCUGCACGUGGGGGGCUGCAAGGUCGAACUUAUCCGUGGGGAAACAAGUUUCAGGCCAACAGAACCAACCUGUGGCAGGGAUCAUUUCCAGAUGGAGACACUGCAGAGGAUGGAUACCACGGCAUUUCGCCUGUCACAGCAUUUCCUCCUCAGAACAGCUACGGUCUGUACGACAUGAUGGGAAACGCGUGGGAGUGGACAUCCACGCCCUUUCCAGGAGCGAAUCCGAUGUAUGUGCUGCGCGGCGCGUCCUGGAUCGACACGGUGGACGGGUCAGCCAACCACAAGGCUCGAAUCACAACCAGGAUGGGCAACACUCCGGACUCUGCCUCUGACAACCUGGGAUUCAGGUGUGCCGCCAACAACGGACAAGGAAAGAAAAAAGACAAAGCUGAGCUGUAGCAACAAAUUUUCAUUCCCUUGUACCAGAUGUUGAUUUGAUUCAGGGUCGGUCUAUUGCGGAUCGGAUGACUUUCAAGUUGACAAAGAGCAAGAAAAGAAAAAAAGGGACCAAUGAAAUGUUAAUGACUAACGAUGACUGUUAAUGAUCCAUGAUGGUGACAGAAGAGCUUUGUACUAACAAACUGUAUUUCUCCUGUGGAGAACUUUUACUGUUUUUCAUACAGUAGUAGUGCAGACCUCAAAAAUAAUCAUAAUGCUAAGAUUAGAAUUUGGCUGAAGACACUUCAAAUGUCUCUUUAUUCACUGAAUGGAAGAAGUGGGUCACACUGUUGCUGUCAACACUGGUGGUCUUCCUUCCACGUCCCGGGGUCCGUCUGUUUGUUGGGAUGUUUAUGUGACUGGAGAGUAAAACGGUCCGUCGCUUUAGUGACGGCCUCUAAUCCCGUCUUUGUCUUUUUGUUUACCUUCUUAUCGCAAGUUGCCCACUCACCGCUCGUUUGGACCGAGUCUGUUUAAACACCACAGAAAAGACAUUUUAUCGAAAGUUUGUGCAAGUAUCGAGUUACUGUAAAGCCGUUAAUAAUAAUAAAAAAAUUAACUAUGACACUGACAA